AUGGACAGUAAAACACAAUUAGAACAAUUGAAGGAGGCUAAACUCCUGGCAAUGAAUAAUCAUCCGGAACAAAUGCUACCAAAAGUCCUUGAGACUACAGAUACUCUCUUAAUCAAUGCAUUCAAUAAUUCUUCUGCAGAAUCAACAGAAUGUAUUGAUUUAGCUAGAUUCUUUUCUCAAUUAUUUUCAGAUAUAUUAAAUCAUAAACAGAUCUCUACUAGUGAGUUACCAUUUAUUGCGGCUAAACAUAUUGAUACAUUAUCAAUAAUAUGUCAUAAAUCUAGUGAUCCAAUUACUUUAAAGAUUGCUAUUUUAACUUUUUCAGGUAUUUAUCCACUAUUAGUAGACUUAGUGGCAAAGACAUCAAAUGAAAAGCUUUGGGAUAAAUUACAAAAAUUUAAAAAAUUUAUUACAACAAAAUGGAAAAGUUAUACAGUUAAUGGAGAUUCAUCAAAUGAUGAUUUAAUUAAUGAUGCUAAACAUAUUGGUUGUAAACUUGCCAUAGUUAAAUUCAUUUCUCAAUGUAUAAUUGUACAGACUAAUAGACCACAGGAUCUUGCACCAUCAUCGAGUAAUCAAAAUAAUAAUCCUCAUGGGAAUUAUCUAUACACUAUUAACUUGUCCUCUAUACCUGAUAACCAUCCUGUUAUUUCAAAUAAAUCUGGUUUAGAGGCAGAAUCUAAAGUAUUAUUGGGCUUGUUAAUAAAUUAUUUAAUUGAUGAACCUAUGAUGAUUAGUUCCGUUUUCAUUGGAAUUAUUAAUUGUUUGGCAUUUAUAAUGAAGGAAAGACCUCAAACUAUGACUAGAAUCUUAACUGGAUUAUUAAAAUUUAAUGUUGAUGCUAAAUAUCAAUUAGAUAAUACUUCAACAAUUAAUUAUAAAUUAGCUAAAAGAUACGUUGAACGUUGUUAUAAAAAUUUUGUUCAAUUUGGUACUAAAAAUGAUCUAAUUAAAAAUAAUGGAUCAUCGGCUCCAUUAUAUAAUAAACUGACUAAAAUAUCACAAACAUUACAUAUAAUAGGUGAAGAAUCAAAAAGUAAAGGUAUCUUAAAUUUUGAUCAAAAUCAAGUAGAAAAUAAAAUAAAGGAUCAAGAUAGAGAAAAGAUAAUAUCAUAUAGAUCGAAGGUCAAACAAAAAUACUUUAAUGGUGGAUCAAUAAAUGAAAAUAAUACUAGUAGUAACAGUAACAGUAGUAGUAGUAGUGGCAGCAGCGGGAGUGCUAACAGCAAUAUUACAAAUUCAACUGGUUCUGUUACUCCUAUAGAUAGUAAUACUCAUGCUUUACUGACAAAUUUACAACAAUAUACUAUGAGUAAGACUAAUAUUACAAAUUUUUUCAAUACAUCACCUGUAGCUGUUAAUAAUUCAUAUGGUUCUGUCUUUUCAUUAAUGAACAAUGGAGACUCUCAACAAGAUUUAUCACAAUUACCACAGGACACAUUAGCCAAAUUAGCUACAGAAGCUAUAUUUAGGGCCUCUACAACCAACCUAAUAUCAGGUUUAUCAGUUGUAGCUUCAAGAUAUACAGAUCUUAUGGCAAAGGCCUCUAAUAAUUCAACCGGAGUUAAUGAUAACAAAAGAAAAAUAGAGAAUGAUGAAAUGACCGAUGAGCAGGACAAUAAGAGAGUUAAGAAAGAAAAUAAUACGGAUAACACUAUAAAGACAGAAAAUUUUGCAACUGAGGAUAAUAAAUUAGAUGCUGAUGAACUGGACGAGGAUGUUAAUGAUGAUUUUGAUGUUAUCAAAUUUUUAGGUAAACCACAACCGAUCUCUGAAGAUCGUAAAUUAGAGAUGGCAAAAAGAAUUAUUAAAAAAAUUAUGAGCAUAAAGGAUAAUACAUUCUCUCCACAAUUAACGCUUUCAAAAUUAGAAUCACCUUUAGAACAAGUCAAGUUAUUAGAUUGGAAGAACAAUGAAUCAUGGUAUCAUAUACUUAUAAGAUUAGCAACAAGAGGUACUACAAUUUCACCUGAAAUUAGUGAUUUAAUCCGUUCAGAGUUAUUAUCCUAUAUAUUGGCAGAUUUUCAAAAUAGUAUAUCUAUUGUAAUUGAAUGGUUAAAUGAAGAAUGGUAUAGCACAUAUAUUUUAAAAUUAGGUGAUCCAGAAGUGAAUAACUACACUAAAUGGUCGUUAAAAGUAUUGGAAGAUUUAAUUCCAUUCAUGGAAAAUCAACAUCGUCGUCUAUUUAUUAGAUUAAUGAGUGAACUUCCAAGACUAGAACAAGCACAUUUCGAUAAGGCUAAACCUAUAUUAUUGGAUCCAGGUAGAAGUGCUUUAGGUUUUCAGACAUUAAAAUUCUUAAUUAUGUUUAGAGCGCCAGUGAGAGACUCUAUCAAGAAUUUACUAGAACAAGUCAUGCAAGAGGACUCAUCGCUUCAAGAUCAAGUACAACCUAUUCUUGAUAAAUACUAUACUACCUCUACAUAA